UUUUCUGAUUGGUGGACGAAGCCUUCUCGUAGGCGUUUGCUGACUGGAAAACCGGAAGUGAAAUCGUUGCAGCCGCCUCGGCCGCCGCAAUGCAGAGAGAGGAGAAGCAGCUUGAGGCAUCAUUAGAUGCACUGCUGAGUCAAGUGGCUGAUCUGAAGAACUCUCUGGGGAGUUUCAUUUGCAAGUUGGAGAACGAGUAUGGCCGGCUGACCUGGCCAUCUGUCCUGGACAGCUUUGCCUUGCUUUCUGGACAGCUGAACACUCUGAACAAGGUCUUGAAGCAUGAAAAAACACCGCUGUUCCGUAACCAGGUUAUCAUUCCUCUGGUGUUGUCUCCAGACCGAGAUGAAGAUCUCAUGCGGCAGACUGAAGGACGGGUGCCUGUUUUCAGCCAUGAGGUAGUCCCUGACCAUCUGAGAACCAAGCCUGACCCUGAAGUGGAAGAACAGGAGAAGCAACUGACGACAGAUGCUGCCCGCAUUGGUGCAGAUGCAGCCCAGAAGCAGAUCCAGAGCUUGAAUAAAAUGUGUUCAAACCUUCUGGAGAAAAUCAGCAAAGAGGAGCGAGAAUCAGAGAGUGGAGGUCUCCGGCCGAACAAGCAGACCUUUAACCCUACAGACACUAAUGCCUUGGUGGCAGCUGUUGCCUUUGGGAAAGGACUAUCUAAUUGGAGACCUUCAGGCAGCAGUGGUCCUGGCCAGGCAGGCCAGCCAGGAGCUGGGACGAUCCUUGCAGGAACCUCAGGAUUACAGCAGGUGCAGAUGGCAGGAGCUCCAAGCCAGCAGCAGCCAAUGCUCAGUGGGGUACAAAUGGCUCAGGCAGGUCAACCAGGGAAAAUGCCAAGUGGAAUAAAAACCAACAUCAAGUCGGCUUCCAUGCAUCCCUACCAGCGGCCCUCCUGCCUGGGUUUCAUUCUGGCUAUCCCUCUAAGGCGCAAGGUGAAGAAGCUUCUGGGCCAGGAAGGAAAAAAAAAUGCCCACCUGCAGCUCUGGUGAAGCUUGGACCUGCUCUCCUUUCUAUCCUCUAAGGAGCCAACUUGGCUUUUACCUGGCAAAUAGUCAUAAAGUCCCCUAUCCUUUACCCCACCUUAUACACACGAGGCUUUCUCAGGAAGUGGCUCUGCCAGGCAGGACUAUGUGGGAAAGGGUUUUUCCUUAGCACAUGAAAAAGCCCCUUCCCCUGGACUCAUGUUUCUUAUUUUGGAGGGAGAAGGGAAUUGCACUUCACACUGCCAUCAGGGUUUAGUUGACCUCAUAAUGGUGCCCACUUUCUCGACUUUGGCCAGGAUUUCCUUCAAAGGAAACGACUUUCCUUCAUUUCCCUAAGCCUGUGGCCCAAAUGGUGGACCAGAAUGAUGGUGGGAGGGGGCAACCCCCAGUAGCUUUGCCUGCUUUUAUAAAGUUGAACAAAUUGAAUUUAGACAUUCAGGCUAACCUGCCUUUCUUAGUACUCCUUUGUUGGCAUGGGCAGGGGUUGAGUCAGCAGAAGUGGACCAAAGGAUUCCUCUGAAUAAAGUUAUUUAAAUUGA